AUGAACUGUCUGGGGGUGGUACCCCGCGAAGGGCUCUGGCUGGAGGAACUUGCCCAGACGAGCGUUGAAGAGCUGUUUGGGCCAGAUAACCGCUUACCUUGGGAGCUUGUCCUGCACAUCUUCUUCCACUUGGACAUCUCUGCUCUCGGUCAAGCAGGCUGCGUCAACAAGGACUGGAAGGAAGUAGCGGACAGCGAUGUCUUGUGGGGUCCUAUCUAUCGUCACCGCUUUCUCGCUCAGAUGCCCCUCUGGACGCUGGCCAUGGCCGACAACUCCUGGAAGCGCGCCUGCAAACAAGUCGCGCUGCUGCCAGUGAUCGGAACCUCGUGCUCCGGCGCACACUCUGGCAGCUUCUACACCGGACACAUCGUUCGGGUGCCUGGCGACGGACUCGUGCCUCCGACAACCUUGGCUGAUCUUGUGCAAGGCAAAAGGAAGGCUAAUCACGAAAGGAACGUGAAGAGCGAUCUGGCACGAGAGGUGCUCGCAUGUCUUGACGAAGUCGACCUUUGCGACACCGAAUGGGGCAAGGCUCUUGGCACUGGACCGGAGGAGGGCGACCCCCUCUUCCAAUUGACAAAGUCCCAGCUGCUCAACAAGCUGCUCGCUACCAAAGCAACGGGCCAGUCGAUCGAAACGAGCGAAGAUCCGAUGAUGGAUCAGCUGCUCGCUGCACGCUACAGGACCUACAACAGCACUGCGAUCAGCAUACGGACUACAGGAACAAUUACCGGCUUGACGAGUGAGGGAUUGAUCAUGCUAGACUCGAUGACCGCCCUUCCGCUCAACAGCUUCCAGCGAAAGGUGUCCCUCAACACCCUAGACCACAGCGUGUCCAAGCCUUGCUUCGUGUUCGAGGUCAGCUUCGAGCAUUGGAGCAAAUGGUUUACCCUCGACCAGUUGCAGGAUUUCUCACAGGACAUGCACUCCGCGAGGAAAGCGUUCUGGAAGACCGUUGCCGACAUUGCGAACGUACCGCCGGCUGAUCCGGCCCUGCUCGGCAAGCGGAUGCUGAUCCAGAACAAGAGCCAGAACCUGGGCGGCCGCAUCAUCCAAUCGCAUGGCCCAGGAACAAUCACCUCUGACCCUGCACAGUCGAAGAUAGCCUACACGUACGAGAAGGCAACCGACUUGGCCGAAGGCAAGUACACUGUGUCGAGGCAGUACCAUGUCGUCAUGGAAUCGUCGGGGCUGUCCUGCUGGCUGGGCGCCGAGCGGCUCUUCCACUUUACCGGCGCGCCGGACACCAUCGCCGUGGGCGACCGGGUGCUGUCCGAGUGGAGACCCAACAACUGGUACGUUGGGACGGUCACGCAUGCGACGCCUGGAGGUUGGCAUGUGGCCUACGACGAUGGAGACCAUCAAGACGACCUCGCGCCGAGCAGCCUAAUGCACAUCGAGGCCGCUCGCUACGUGCCACCCACCGACAGCGCCCAGUAA